GCUCGCUUUGCCGUCCUGCCGAGGGGCCGGGGGAGGAGCACGAUACGCCAGCCUUGGCGCUCGGAGGGUGGGGCGGGGCCGGCCGGGAUUGGCUGCUGGCGUCCGACCCGCUUCGGGCCUUGCCAGUGCCGGUCGUCCGCCGGCGCCUGCGCGAUGGGCGGGCCGUGGGGGGCGGGAAGCGCUUCGCGGCCGCGGAGCCGAUGUCGGCCCUGAGGCGCUCGGGCUACGGCCCUGGUGACGGCCCCUCCUACGGCCGCUACUACGGGCCGGGGGGAGGCGACGUCCCGGUGCACCCACCUCCGCCGCUGUACCCUCCGCUGCGCCCCGAGCCGCCGCAGCCCCCCGUUUCCUGGCGCGGACGCGGGGGCGCCCCGGCCGAGACCACCUGGCCCACGGAAGGCGCGGGUGGCGACGGCUACUACCCUGGAGGCGCCUGGGCAGAACCGGGCCGCGCCGGCGGGGGCCCCCAGGACCAGUCACCAUAUCCUGGCUAUAAUUCUAACUACUGGAAUUCUGCACGACCUAGACCCCCAUACCCAGGUACAUACCCUGUGAGGCCAGAGUUGCAAAACCAGAGUUUGAAUUCUUAUACAAAUGGAGCAUAUGGCCCACCAUACCCUCCUGGCCCUGGAGUAAAUACUGCCUCAUACUCUGGGGCUUAUUAUGUACCUGGCUAUACUCAAAGCAGUUACUCCACAGAUGUUCCAGGUACUUAUCGUUCACCUGGUAACAGCCCAACCCCAGUCUCUCGUUGGAUCUAUCCUCAGCAGGACUGUCAAACUGAACCACCUCCUCUUAGGGGGCAGGUUCCAGGAUAUCCUACUUCACAGAAUGCUGGAAUGACCUUGCCCCAUUAUCCUUAUGGGGAUGGUAACCGUACUGUGCCACAGUCAGGACAGACUGUCCGACCGCAAGAAGAUGCAUGGGCUUCUGGUGCUUAUGGGAUGGGUGCCCGUUACUCCUGGCCCUCAGCUACACCCUCAGCACCACCUGGGAAUCUCUACAUGACAGAAAGUGUCUCACCAUGGCCUGGCAGCAGUUCUCCUCAACCACCUCCAUCACCACCACCCCAGCAACCUAAGGACCCCUCAUACCCCUAUAGCCAGUCGGAGCAAGGUGUGAGCCGACACAACUUUCCUUGCAGUGUCCAUCAGUACGAAUCUUCGGGAGCAAUGAACAAUGAUGAUUCAGACCUUUUGGAUUCUUCAGUCCAGUAUAGUGCCGAGCCUCAGCUAUAUGGUACUGCCACCAAUGAGCAUCCCAGCAAUCAGGUUCAGAGUAAUAAUCUUCCUGAAGAGUGUUUGUCUUCAGAUGAAGGCACUCCUCCAAGUAUUAAAAAAAUCAUACAUGUGCUGGAGAAGGUCCAGUAUCUUGAGCAAGAAGUAGAAGAAUUUGUAGGAAAAAAGACAGACAAAGCAUACUGGCUUCUGGAAGAAAUGCUGACAAAGGAACUUUUAGAACUGGAUUCUGUUGAAACUGGGGGCCAGGACUCUGUCCGUCAGGCCAGGAAAGAGGCUGUUUGUAAGAUCCAGGCCAUACUGGAAAAAUUAGAAAAAAAAGGAUUAUGAAUGAUUUAGAGUAAAGGGUAAGCCUGUUACUAACUUGGCCAAAGAACUCUUGAAUUUGGGUAGUUACCAUGUUUUUGAAAUGCUUGUUGUGAUGAGAAGCAACACAUUCCAACUUUCCCUUGUCUUAAGACUUGGGAGGAAAAAAAUUUUGAAAAGCUGGUGAAGGGAUGGAAGAACACUUUAGUUAUGAGUUUUGUUUUUGUUUUUUUUCAAUUUUCAGAUGAAUGAACAUGAUAGGAAAUUGAAAUUAUCAAUAUUGUCAAGUAGACCCACUCCUUAAGAAAUUCAUGGGUAUUUGUAGGCUGCUGCCUAUCAGCAGGAGGGAACUACACUUUAAGUAACAGGCUAUUGGAAAUAGAGACAAACAAACAGACUGGAUUGUCACAUUUCUGUAUAUUGUGACUGCAUAUACUUUAUGUGUAAAUUAUAGCUUAGACUUUAGCUUUCUUGGCCCUCUGUUUUGUUUUGUUGUUUUCAGUUCACAAAUACAGUAAUUAUUCUACUUCUUGGUACAUUUUGUAGAUCAUGUUCUCUAUAAUUAAACAUUGACAGCCAGAUCGAAGGGCCGUUCUGAAUGAGUUUCUAUCCUUUUGCCACUUGCAGUGUGUAGUGAGUUCCUCAAGUAAACUGUUUGUCUCUCUCUUUGUGUAGCUUGUUAGCGUUCUUCCCCCUUCUGUUUUCAUAGUAGUAGGGGAGGUGAAUUUGGAAAUUACAGUAACACAAGUAUGGAAAUGGUUGUGGACAUUUUAUUUCUUUGCUUUUUUCAUUGUAUUUGGAUAAAGAUCCACUUUAAAGUUACUUUUUUAUGAAGUUUAUCUUUUCACUAUUGCUGCUUCUAUAAUAGUCUUAUGAUAAAAACAGAUAGAAAAUUAAAUGCCACAGUGAGUAGAAAUAAUUACUACAAAAAGUAACAAUUGCUGGGUGUGGUGGCACACGCUUUUGAUCCCAGCACUCAGGAGGCAGAGGCAGAGGCAGGCAGAUCUCUGUGAAUUCAAGGCCAGCCUGGUCUACAUACUGAGUUCCAGGACAGCUAGGGCUACAGGGAGACCCUGUCUCAAAAAGACCCCCCCCAAAAGUAACAAUUAUGAUUAUUUAACAAUAUCAUUCUCAUUUAAAUAGUUUCUGUGGGGAGAGAUAUCAGCUCAGUUUAUAGCUGAUAAAGGAAAGGGAGUUCAUGCUCAGGGAGUCAGCCACAGCUAGAGUAGAAAAUCUGUCAUGUUCUUCUAAUUUAGAUUUGGUCUUUAUUUCACAAAUUUCAUAGGCUGCCUGUUUCAUAAAAAGGUGUUUAUUACUAUUAAUAAGAGUCAUUUUAGAGCCAGUUUAAGAAAGAGAUAUUGAAAGGGUCACAACUGGCCUUGCUUGGUUAUGUAUAUGUUGUUAUAUGAGACAGGUAAAAAUUUACCUUUUAAAUUUAAAGAGAAGUCUAGUUUACAGAUCUACUUUUACAAAAACUGCAGUUUCUUAGUAAGAUAUAAACAUGCGCUUUUCUAGAUUAGCAGGCAUAUAUAUUAGUGAUACUGAAUCUGUAGCCAUCUCUUCUAUAUAUAUAUACUACUCAUACUUAAACAUUAUAUGAUGAGAUGAACUGAAAACAAUGCUUGAGGAAUGGGGAUGAAGCUAAGUUAGUAGAGUGUUUACCUAAUAUGUAUGAAGCUCUGUGUUCAAUCAUAGUCCUGCAUAAACCAGGCAUGGUGUUCGGUACCAAUAGUCUCAGCACUUGGGAGAUAGAAGCAGGCAGAUCACAAGUUCACGGUCAUCCUCAGCUAUAUGGUGAAUUCAAGACUAGUCUGGGUUACAUGAGAUCUUGUCUCAAAAAUCAAAAAUAUUGGCUAGGUUUUAUGUUUUGGAUGAAUGAUUCAAGAUGUGAUCAUUUUAUUAUAGAAUUCUCUCAUUUUAUUACAGAAUUUUCUUUCAAAAAAUACUCCUUUAUUUUUUGAGACAGAAGUUCAUGUAGUAUCCCAGUCUGACCUUGAAGUUGCUGAGUUGCUGAGGAUGACCUUGAAUUUCUGAUCCUGCUGCCUCCACCUCUAGUACAGAUGUGUGCCUGGUUUAUGUGGUGCUGGGGAUCAAAUCCAGGGUUUUGUACAUCUAGGCAAGCACUAUACUAAGCUACAGUCCUAGUCCUCAUUCUCUUACUUUUGGCCCAAUAGAGAAAUGUUUUUUAAAAAGUUUUCUAUAAAAAUCGACAAUUAUACUUCAGAAUAAAAAUUUAGGAGGAGAGACCAGGCAUGGUGGCACAUGCCUUUAAUCCAGAGGCAGGUGGAUCUCUGUGAGUUCCUGGCCACCCUGCUCUACAUAGUGAGUUCCAGGCCAGCUGGGGCUACCGGGAGACCCUGUCUCAAAAAGAUAAAAAAGAAAGAAAAUUUAGGACGAGAAUCCUUAAGGCUGUUAUCAGUGAAGACAGUGACAAAUUUAAAAGAAAGUUUCUGCUUAGCUUACUGACUGCCCAAGAUGCCAAUUUCCACAAAUUCUUAAUUUUUAUAUAUAUGUACAAGUGUUAUGCACAAAUAUACAUACAUACACAUGUAUAUAUCUUAAGUUAUUUUUAAACUAUUAACAUGAUUUUAAACUUACAUAGGAGUUGUAAAAAUAGAUUUCCUGUGUACCCUUCAUCUACCUUCCCCUUAUUUUGACACCUUACUUAACUAAAACAUUUGUCAAAAUUAAGAAGUUAAUCUUGUUAUAAUGCUACUGAUAUUAACUAAAGUAGGGAGCUAAACGUAGACAUUUUAUUAGUCUUUUUACCGGUAUCCUCUUAAUUGUCCUGGAUCCCGUUCUGCAUUUAGUUGUUGUCUCCACAUGGUCUUCCAAUCUGUGACAGUAUCAUAGGCGAUACCUGAUGCUAUGAUGUAUUUCUGGUGUUGUUUACACUGAGCACUAUGCUAACGUGGUGUCUGCUAGGACUCUACUGUAAGGGUCCAUAUUUUCCUUUGUAAUUACUAAAUAUUUGCUAGAGAUACUCUGAGACUAUGCAAAUGUCCUGUUUGUGCUUCAGUCUGCCUUCCUUUGGCUGUCGGCAGAUGUGCUUGUGGCAGUUACCACUGCGGUGUUCAGAUGGCGAUUUUCUACUUCUCUCAUUUCUGAUACAUGUAAUAACUGGAAUUCUGUAAGGAAGAGUUGUGGCUUCUGGAUUUAUAUUUUUAAUUAUGAUGAGAUAUGCAGGAUAGGUACACACUUAACUUAGCUAUAAACAAUGUUACAAUGAUUCCAGAUACCAGUAUCAAAGAAAGCGAAGUUGGCAACCUGUCUUUGAAAAUGUAAUAAAUUUAAGAGGGAAAAUAGUAUUUAUGAUUUGUAAAAUUUGUUCAGCUUUUGACAUAAUACUGACUUGAAACGAAGUCAAUUUUCUUUUGAAACUUCACAUCUAGACUUUUUUAAAGUGUCUAAAUUUAUAUUACUUUGGAGAUCAUUUUUGUCAAAAAUCUUGAAUAAAGUUACCUAGACCUUG